GUAAGCCUGAAAGUCUCUUUUCGAGAAAUGGCGACCAGGUAGCAGGUUGGACAAGCUCAGAUUUUUCGUUUUUAUCACUUUUAACGCCUAUAAAUAUUCGAAGUUUUGAUCUUGAAAGCUAUACCAGGUACCCAUCUUAGUAAUUUGGCAAUUUCUACAUGCUCAAGUAUGUCGAAGCAACCUGCUGAAUCUGGCACUGAGGAAGUGUUAGUCCAGAAAAAUCUUCUUAUCCAUCAGUGUGAUGAAACAUCUGAAACCUAUCAAGAUGAGAAGGGCUUCCUGGUAGCUCUCAAUGAAGAACUUAUAAGAAACGACCUUCCCCUUGAAAUCCGAGAAGUGAAGCGAACUGGUGGAAAAAAUGUUGUUGAGAUAUUGGAGGAAACAUCCCAAGUCCUGAAAUAUAAAAGAGUGGUCCUGGCUUUUCCCGAUGCCAAGUUCUGCAAAGAACAGCUUGUUGAAACAGUCACUAAGAUAAUGAAACGAAGUGAACAGGGUUUCGUGGCUGUCAUUAUUCACAUUGACCAGUUCCUAACUCUUCCACCAGAGCUAUCUGAAUUCCAACUCAGAUGGGUUCUGGUCGGCCGCCAGAUGAAGGAAAUGGAAUCGAUCAUGAAUGAUUUACGACCAUUUCUCCAAGAUGAACCAAAAACGGUGGACUUUGCCUUCAUGAACUCAGGCACUGGUUUGGCGUGGUCAUAUUACUUUGGAUAUCUUGUGUAUAUUUUGCCAGAUUUUGAAAAUAAUAUUCUGACCUCCACCUGGCGAAAAAAUAACCCAGAAAUCCCAGAAAACAGAAUUUCAAAAAAGAUGUUCAUUAUUUUCACAACGAACUGCAGAGAGCCCGAGAUAAUGAACAGUGAGCGAAUCAUAUUCAACAUAAACAAACUUCCAAUAGACCGAGCUGGUCUACGGCGUAAUUACGAUUUUGACAUCCGAGAAGUGAAGUCGAGGGAUGGAAGUGAGUCCUACUACGGUGUUGUCUACUUCCUCAAUAUCGUGCAAGGCCUGUCAGAAAUGAGAGACGACGAAAACAAAGACUUUGUCAAUUUCAGUGAACACGACAUGCGAAUACAGGGCAAAUACUGCUUUGAGAAAAUGAAGCUGUUCAUGAAGUAUACCUAUAAUGAAAAGAUUGAAAUCGAUGAGUCAAAAUUUGACUUCAUCGAGUUUGACACAGAAGCAGAAAAUGCAGAUGAAAACGACCUCGCUGACGACCUCUUCAAUCGCAUGAAGGAGACAUGCUCAUCGGAGAUAAAAAGUUCUGUUCAAGAAGCUGGAACAAUAGACACCAACCAAACAGGUGUAAUCUAUGUCUGCAGCGGAGAUGGAGAUAUCAAGGAAUUUGUGGACAAUCUUCCUGAUAAAAAGCAGAUAUCCGACUGUCCUCUCACUGUCGAUCGGAGUAAGUUUGGAGAUGCACUCAUAGAGGAGUCGAAUAGGAUCUUCAUGGUCUUGACUGAUGAAUUUGUGAAAACAGAUGCCUUUGCGAAAUGGUUCUACAAAAUUUUGGAUAAGGGUUACCGCAUUAAAAACCGAAGGUUUCUGGUGUGUCUGAACUGCCUGAGUGAAAAUGCCGACCACCCAAAAGUGCUGGAACUACAGCUUCUGUUCACCAAUGUCAGUUACAAGAGCUCAGACUGGCAGGCCAAAGUCACCAGAGAGCUGGAAGGUGAUGUCCAGGAUAUGGCAUAUGACCUGCAGUUCAACAACGUUGGCACAGGACUUGCUAUGAGUUGGUACUACAGGUUCCUGAAGAUUAGAAUUCCAAAGGUGAGAGAUGUCAUAGAUCAGUGCCCUGCCCUUAAGGAAAAGUUUGUGAAUGAGAAAAUGUCGCACAAGGUCUUCAUCUUGCACCCCCAUUCGUGCCAUUGCCCAGGAAAGGUUUCAGACGUUGACUCACAAAUCAAACUUGUGGAUGACAAGGAAAUCAACAUGCCGCACAUCAUGAAAGCAGGAAGGGACUACACGCCUAAAGCCUACUGCAUCAAUGACAGAGAUGGGAAGGAGUACUAUGCCUUUGUUGAGUUCAACACACAGGCUGAUACCAUGUACCGGAUGAUGCAAGAGGGAUUCCUCACCAACGAGGAUAUCCUGCAAACAGAGUGGAAUCGUUUCAUCUGCAAGUUGUACAUGCUGAUCAACCACAAGGAUGAGCCAAUGGACAUCAAGAACCGGAUAGUUUUCAUCCGAUAUGAAGAUAAAAACUUGAAGGAUGGUGAUCUUUCGGAAUUACUUUUCCGCCAUGUUCAGUAUGAGAUCGCACGAGAGCAGAAGGUGCUGCCAAAAGCCAUCGAGAAUGGCUCUUCCGUCGAAAUCAGAGAUUUUGAGAAGAAACCAGCAGCAGCUCCAGCACCAGCCGCAGCACCAGCACCAACACCAGCUCCGGCACCAGCACCAGCUCCGGAACCAGCUCCGGCACCAGCUCCAGAACCAGCUCCAGCACCAGCUCCAGAACCAACUCCAGAACCAGAACCAGCUCCAGCACUCCCUGAUGCAGAUGGCAGUGCUAGUGGUGAGGCAGGAGCAGAUGUCAGUGCAACUGCGCCUCUAGUUGAAGAGGAAAGAGUCGACCACCAAAACAGUGGAAGAAGGCCUAAUUCUUUGCACAAAAGGUUUAAACAUUGCUUCCCCUGUCUUAGAUCAGACUAUGAGCCAGCCGAGGAUGAAAAAGAAUAACAGUGCUAAACAAUCACAUGUGGUGAGAGGCUUAACCUGGUGGUCAGGUUAUCCUCAGUUAAGAUUGAUAUAAAAAACAACACUACAACGUUGUAUGAAAUAGACGACGUUUCGGAUAUUUUGAUUCCUUUUUCAAAGUGUCUGAUUUGGUGUCCUUGCGUUUCCUUAUGUCUACUGUGUCUGUGUCCUGUGUGGAAAAGUAUGAAUUCCUGUUGUUCCUAACCCGUUUUAAUGUGGCUUUCUGGCGGGAGUCCAUAGAAGAAGGUCUUGGUUCUGUAUCAGAGACAACGGAUCCUGCUUUAGGAUGCGUGUAGGUUGUACCAUGAAAUCAAGAUUGAUAUAAAAAACAACACUACAACACUACAGUUAUCCUCAGUUACUCCAAAUUAUGGUAAUGAGAAAUAUCAGGCAGUUUUAAGCCAAGCCUACUCCUCCAAAAGGAUACGAUAUUGGGUCAGAAAGAUUGACGAGUUGGGUCGGAAAGAUUGACGAGUUGGGUCGGACAACUUUGAUUCUAGAGACAAACAAUGAGACAGGCUUUUAAUUUUACACCAGAUAGACACUCCUUUACAGGAUGUACCAAAAUUAGGAGGUGCCCAAAUAAGUUCGGGUUAAAAUGACAACAAAAACUGAUUCUAUUUUCUGAAGGGUAAAAUCGUCAAAUUUGCUUAUAAACACAAGUAGCCCCAUAGCUGCUAGCUACCAUCCUGUAUGAUGCAUUUGCAUUAAUUUACAAAAAAAUGUGAUGUAAUUCAUGACGCGGUCAUUGUCCCCUGCUGAAACUCCCUAUUAUCCUCCUUGUCACCUGAAGCCCAUGCCAAAGUUGUUCCAUUAACAUGUUUGAUAUGUUAACAGAUUAUGUCAAUUGUUGUAUUGUGUCGAUGUUUCCAUGUAUAUAUGUGUUUUUGUAUUCAGAUCAUGUAAAUAAAUGGAAGAAAGUGAUUAUUUGGCAAGCCCGGCUUCUGGAUGUAUAUCCUAUGUAUUCGAGACGCUUAUCAGUUAACCCUUACAAUGCCAGCCUGCACUGGCUUCCAGUCAAGUGCAGGAUCCAUUACAAGAUUGUGCUCUUUGUGUUCAAGUGCUUGACUGGGGAGGCUUCGGCAUAUCUCAGACCCAUGAUUCAACUGAGAAAGAUCUAUCACCAAGGCCUCCGGUCUGGAUCUGUGAUGUUCCUUGAGGUACCACGGGUCAAGUGCCAAACUCUUUGUGGUUGUUCCUGCGCAGCAGCUUCUCCACAAUUGUGGAGCCUUCGAAACUUUGAUUCCCUCCAGACUUUUAAGUCAUUCCUACCUAUUUGCAGCUGCCUUCGUAAAAGAAAGCACCCUAGAAUACCCACCUGAGUAAUUGGAGGACUUUACAAAUGCCAAUAUUGAUUGAUUGAUCUCUGAUUAGCUGAUAUGUUGUAAAUUCAUCAAACACUGAAGAAUGCUUGGAAAAUGACUGAAUUAAAAAUGAAGCAGAGUAACAUUUUUUUUAAUGUGCCUGUUGUGUGAAUUUGUCAAAGAGAUGCGUCUGUCCAUUUGGUGGUACAAUAAAUUUCUAUUUGUUGAUAAACACAGAGAUUUCAGUCAUCUGAAAUAGAACAACUACAUGUAUGGUAGUUACCGGGGCAGCAUUAGCGCAGUGGAAGAGAGUCUGCCUCAUGAUCAGGAGGUCAUGGGUUCCACUCCCGGCCGAGUCACUGUUUAGUUCCCCUAGCGCCUUGUGGUUGCUCCUUGAAACCCCUGAUUGAUUUCUGUGGAGACCGGGGUAAUAAUAUGAUAUCCCAAAGCGCUUUGAGCGAGAACUAUAGUAUAGUGUUACGGAAUUGCGCAGUAUAAAAGACUCAUUAUUAUUAUUAUAUUAUUAUAGUUAUAUUGUAUUUAAAAGUGACAUGUACAUAAAUUGUAAUUUUUCGUAUAAUUUUUGUGGCGAAUUAAUAGUGCUGUUAGAUUGCAAAGGAUAUACUAAAAAGGGCCAUGAAACACAGAGUUGACGUCCCUUCUUCUGUUGUUUUGGUAAUACCUAGUUGUAGAAUAAAGUCCGUGCUUCUCA